AUGGAUAUCCAAAAGGCGUAUGAUACGGUUGACUGGAAUGCUUUAGCUCAGAUUAUGCAAGAGAUGGGAAUACCUCAGAUGUUCAGGAUUUGGGUAAUGGAAUGUGUUACCACUACUUCGUAUCGGUUCAAUAUCAAUGGGAGUCCCUCAAAAAUCCUGGAAGCAAAAAGGGGAUUGAGACAGGGAGACCCCAUCUCCCCCCUCUUAUUUGUGCUGGUGAUGGAAUACCUUCAUAGGAUGUUCCAAAACUUGAAUAAUAAUCCAAACUUCAAUUUUCACCCAAAAUGUGAAAAAUUGAAGCUCGUUGACAUGUGUUUUGCUGAUGAUAUUGUGAUCUUUGCGAGAGGGGAUGUUGGUUCUCUACAACUUAUUAUGCAGGUGGUGGAUAAAUUCACAAACUCAACUGGCUUGCAAAUGAGCAUUCCUAAAAGCAAACUGUUUGUGGGAGGGGUAGAUGGCAUUACCAAAGAAAACUUGCAGCAAGCAACUGGAUUCUCUUUGGGGCAGCUCCCAGUCAAGUAUCUUGGAGUGCCGCUGAACAGUAGAAAGCUCACCAUCAACAAUUGCCAAGGGCUGCUAGAUAGAAUGACUGUUAGAAUUAACCAUUGGUGUAGCCGUCUUUUGUCGUAUGCAGGUAAAUUACAGUUGGUGAAAAGUGUGUUGUUUGCUAUAACCAAUUAUUGGAUGCAAAUAUUCCUCCUACCCAAGAAGAUCAUUAGGCACAUUGAAAGCAUGUGUAGAAGAUUCAUUUGGGCUGGAAAUGACGAGAAGAGUAAAAGAGCGCCGGUGGCAUGGGACCAUGUUUGUGAUUCGAUUGCAAAUGGUGGAAGGAACAUCAUAGCCUUAGGGGAAUGGAAUAAAGCCACCAUUGGCAAGCUUCUAUGGAGUUUGAGCGAGAAGAAGGAUAAAAUGUGGGUUAAAUGGAUGCAUAGUUACUACUUGAAGAAUGGAGGGAUGGAGGAAUACCAGCCCAACAACAACAGUUCAUGGUUAAUGAAGUCCAUAUGUAAACAUAAAUCUGAAUUGAUGUCUAAUGAUAUUUGGGUUGAAUUCCAGGCCAAUGAUAUGUAUAGCACUCGAAGAAUGUAUCAGCAUCUGCGUGGGGACAAGCCAAGAGUUGAAUGGAGGAGGUUAAUGUACAUAAACAUGGCUAGACCAAGGGCUGUUUUUACUCUUUGGCUGGUCUGUCAGGACAGAUUGCAAACCAAAGACAGAUUGAUGAGACACGAGACUUAUACUGAUGGGAAUUGUCUGUUUUGUAAUAUGCAGGAAAAUAGAGGCCAUUUAUUCUUUGAGUGUGCGAUCACAAAGAAGAUUUGGAAGGAGACUCUCAAUAGGCUUGGGCUGGAGUAUAUCCAUAUUGAUUGGAAUGAGCAUACUGCUUGGCAACAAGCUAAAGGGAAGGGCAACAAAAUGCGUAUUUUCAAAGCUGCGCUGGCUGAAACGGUUUACCACAUUUGGUGGGUGAGAAACAGGAUUUGUUUCCAACAGGGGAGGAAGGAAGAGCUUCAAAGCCAACAUAUUCAUGACAUACUUAUGGAUAAAUUUAGAAUGAAUAGAAAAUUGACAGCGUAUUGUAAUAGCCUUUAG